AUGAGGUGUAAUUUAGCAAGAUUAAACACUGGAAAUGUGUUUCCUCUUCUUGGGUUAGGCACUUAUUCUUCUUCAUAUGAUCAUGAAACAACACAAAAAGCCAUUCAUAUGGCUAUUAAGAUGGGUUAUAGGCAUUUUGACACGGCAAAAAUAUACGGAACCGAGCCAGCUCUAGGGAAGGCUCUAACGGAGGCAAUUAGUGAUGGUGUGGUUGAAAGAAAAAAUAUUUUUGUUACGUCCAAGCUUUGGUCUAGUGAUCACGACGAUCCAGUUUCCGCUCUCAAUCAAUCUCUACAAAAUUUGGGAAUGGAGUACGUGGACUUGUACUUGGUGCAUUGGCCCGUAAGGUUCAAAUCAUGGGCCGAAUACCCGGUUCCGAACGAAGAGGAUUUCGAAGAGACGGACAUGGAAUCUACUUGGGCAGGCAUGGAGAAAUGCCUUGACUUAGGCCUUUGCAAAGCUAUUGGUGUUAGCAAUUUUUCCACCAGAAAACUUCAACACCUUAUGAAUUUUGCUACUGUAUGUCCUGCUGUUAAUCAGGUAGAAAUGCACCCAAUGUGGAGGCAAAACAAGCUGAGAAAAUUUUGCAGCGAGCAUAAGGUUCAUGUGAGUGCAUAUAUGCCCCUUGGUGGUCCUGGAAAUUUCUGGGGCUCGACGUCGAUAAUAAAAGACCCCAUCAUCCAGUCCAUUGCUCAAAAACACAGAGCAACUCCUGCUCAGGUUGCACUAAGAUGGGGAAUGCAGAAGGGAGUUAGUGUUAUUGUAAAGAGCUUCAAUGAAGGCAGGAUGAGAGAGAUUAUAGGAGCCCUCGAUCUCAAGUUGGAUGAUUAUGAUAUGAUCAGCAUUGAGAAGUUGGCAGAGAGAAAAAUACUGAGAGGAGAUCAUCUUAUCAACAAAACAACCAGCCCUUACAGGACAAUUGAACAGCUUUGGGAUUACGAGAUCUAAACACUAAAUAUUGUACUCCUAGGAAAGUAGUUUGAUCAACACUUGCGCCAGUAGUUACAUCUGUAAAUGUACAAGCAACCGGGC